ACCACGUGUAACGUUAAGUUAAUAACCCAUAACUUCUCUUCCAAUUUAAGCUUCCACCUUCUCUUUAUUAGUCUUUAUUAUACCUUCUUCCUAGAGCCCACGCUGAAAAUUCCCCGUGCCAAAGACAUCUAGGCUUAGUACUUAGCAGCUGCAGGAAAUUAUGACCACAGCUUGCAUAUCGGACUGCGUCGGCGACGCCAGAUGUCCCAUCCGGAGGACCAACAACUAUGUCAGCCUCCAAAAAUGGCCCGACUCCGAGGCAGAGUUUGUGAAGUCGACGGGGAACUUGGGCGGCAAAGGGCGGUUGCAUAACAAUUACCUGCAUCGGUCUGGGGUGGUGGUGGACAGCGCGUCAUGCAGGCAGUUGUACCUGAGGAGUGCCUACACGUUUUCAAGAGAAGAAGGCGUGCAAGAGAGGACCAAGAAAUGUUUUGGGAGGGUUAAGGAGAAGGUGGCUAUUGCAAGAACAGCAACCACAAGCAGGUUUCAGCCUCGUCGGAGGAAGACCAGGACCAGGUUUGUGAUGGUGAGGAGAGUGAAAGACUUCUCCUGUGGUGCACUGCGUACUAUUUUCCAGAGGUUGCUGUCCUGCACCGCUACUGUAGACGUUGUGGAGCACAAAAUCUGAUAUUCUUCCAGCUACCUCUUCUUUGCGGUACUUCAUCUGCAGAUUGUGUCAGGCUGUCAGCACUGAAUUGAAUCUGCAGCUAUUUGUUCUUCCCACUUUUUGUUUCAUUUUAUUUAUUGGCGUUUUCUGAUUCUGGAGCGGUGUUGAGACAAGAGGGUCGCAAAUCCGGGUGUUGGAACGUCCCAUCCAUGAUCGAUGUGGGGCAAAAACGUGUACAAAUUAAUUAAUAUGUUGAAUCUGCAUUGUGGUACACUAUCUUGAAGUUUUUUUUUUUUUUUUUUUUUUUGGGGUGUAAAAUCGUUUUCUGCCGAAAUUCAAUACUAUCAUGUAUUAUUAUUCA